UCAAACACAGGGCACCGCCACAACUCUCCAAAAACCUAUGCAUACAAAAUACAUAUAAAUACAAACACUUUCUCUUCUUCAUCUUUCCCACCCUUUCUUCUUCUUCUUCUUCUCCGGCCAUGCGCGGAAACCACCCUUCUAGAUUCCGUCCUACCGCCGGCGGCGGCGGCGGCCGGAGGCAGCAGCAGCAGCGGCGGCCUUUUCAAGCUUCAAACCCAAACAACAUGCCGCAGAGGUUUCAAGCUCCAAACCCUACUAACAAUAUGCCGCAGAGGUUUCAAGCUCCGAGCCCUAACAAUAUGCCGCCGUUUCAACCUGCAAACCCUAACGUUGUUUAUACUCAACCACAACAGCAGUAUCAGAACCAAAAUGGUGGAUUUCCACUCCAGCAGUUUCCGAGUCCGGGGUUUCAUCAGCCUCAGCCUUCUCAGAACUUGAGGGAACUGAUUGAGAUGGUCGAUCGUGCCGUUGUGAAGGCUCGGCGAGACCUUCUGGCCGCCGGAGAAAGCGUAACGGCGUGGAAGGUUUCUCAGUCGGCGCUUCUGAUGCUUCAGAUUGAUAACUGGGGCUCUUUGGGGUUUCAAAUGCAGCAAGUGCCGUCUCUUCGCAGCUUAAUACACAUUGAAGCUAAGAUAAAUGCAUUUAUCAAUUGCUUUGUUGCGGUCCGUAGAAUUACGUCAUUGUACGAUUUGGAAGUGGCAAUAUGCGACAAUGAGGCCAUUGGGCAGUUUGAAGAGCUGGAAUUGGGUCCUUUUUUGAGACACCCGCUAGUUCAGCAUUAUUUCUCAGUUAAUUUAGAUACAACUGAAGUAUUUAAGAUAACUAGUGAAGAAAUAAUAGCUUUGCUUAAUCGAUUCAUGUACUCUAGUAAAAAUAAAGAUAUUAAAGUUGAUGAAUUUUUGGAUUUCAUCUGUAAGAAGCGAUCAGUUUCAGGCAAGGAAAAGCUUGGUAUACGAAUUCAAAGCUUGGGGAUGCAUAUUUCUGCAAUCUCAAAGGCCAGGAAUUCAGAGAGUGCUGUUCUAAAGAAACAUCAAGGUACAUCUGAACCAAAAUUUGACAAGAAAUGCAGAAAGCGCCCUCUUUCUCCCUCACAGAAAAAGUUACUAGAUGAACGUUUCAAUGCCAUUUCAGAGCGUGUUGAAAACUUCUCACACGUGAACAAGAACUUUUGUGGCAAGCACAUAAAAUUUGAUUCAACAAGCUCAGAGGAUGAACAAACUGAUGAUUGUAAGUAUGAUGAUGAUAAUGACUCUGUUAGUGGAGGUCAUAUGGAUUUCUCAUCACAAUCCAUUAAGAGUUCUGAACAAAUAAGUAGUUGUCCUUACCCGUCUGCAACCGAAGAGAUGAAACGGCUUGGAUUGAAAGGUGAAAGCUGUAGUGGCCUUUCUCCAGCUAGUGCUAUCCAAAGGAACUAUCAGGAUGGUGUACCAGCUAAAAAGCAAAGAAAAUAUGACAAUCCAAACGUCAUAGAGAAAAGUGUUCUUCCUUCUGAGAAUAGUCCUAAAACCAAGAAGUUUAACCAUAUGGCAGAUUUUUCAAUGGCCAAUGAUUCUUUGGGGAGCUUCAUAUCAACCUGGAAGGAAGUGUGUAUAGGACAUACAGUUACCGAGGUGUUUGAGAAGAUGCUUCAUUUUAUCAUACAAAAUCAGCUGGGGAGGAAAUUUAGGAUAACAAAUGCACUGCGGAAGAAAAUAAAAUUCAUAUUUUCAUCUUAUCCAUUCAUUGGGUUGCUGAAUGUUGCUGUUUCAUCUAUCAAAAGGGGAAUGUGGGAUAGCAUUUAUGAUACUUUCCAAACAAUCAGUCAAAAUAAUUUAACUAAAACAUUUGAUGGGGAUCCCGAGUCUGAACGUAUAACUGUUGAACCAAGUUUGAAGAACACAGUAGAAAUUGCUGAACACUUAGAUGAGCAUCCACACAGUGUUUCAGUGGAAGAUAUUAUCAGUAAAAUAGCAACAUAUCCUGAACUUGAUCAUGACAUCCAAAACAACAAGAAAUCUCGUAUGGAGAAAUUAUUUAUCCUCUUCAGGAACCUUUACAACUGUGAGCAUUGGCUGAUGGAACAAUUUUCUGUCAAGGAGUUUAGAUCCCUUGGUUAUGGGAAUUUUCCACUAUUUUUAGAAAAAUAUCUCUCUCUGCUACCACGAGGGUUGUGGAACUUCUUAAUUGGUGACAUAGGUGAGAAACCUCCCUUGGAGGUUUGCAUGAUGAAUCACCAGUUGGUUGUAUUAGUAUCACAAGCUUCAAAUAAUUUAUGGGAGAAUGGAAAAAUUACCAAGCAGAAUAUAUCUUUGCUGCUUAUGAGACAGUUCCCAUUCAUUAGUUUCGAAGUUACUGAAAAUGGUUCUCUGGAAGACUUUUCAAGUAUUGUGUUGAAGAAUAAAAAUAACGUAAUUUCUAAAUCUGUUGUAUUUUCUGUAACAUUACAUGGAACAAGUGAUGCUGUGGAUUCGUUAGCCCAAUAUGAGAAUGACUUAGUUGAGAGCGCUUCGGUGGGACUUCAUGGUGGCCAGAUAGCAAGAAUCCCUGUAGCUUCUACGUCUAAGGAUGCAGUUAAAGUCUUACUGAAGGCUCCAAUGUUGUCAGAUUUAAACUUAUGGUCACAUUGGGACCUUUUGUUUGCUCCCUCUCUUGGUCCUCUUGUACCUUGGUUAUUAAAUGAAGUCACGACAGAUGCACUUUUAUGUUUGGUGACCAGAGAUGGGAAGGUGAUUCGAAUAGAUCAUUCAGCUACUGUAGAAUCAUUCUUGGAAGCUGCAAUUAAAGGAUGCCCUUUCCAAACUGCGGUGCAGUUGUUAUCUCUGUUCUCUGUGGUCGGGGGAGAAAAGCAUGUUCCUGAAUCCCUUUUGAAAUGCCAUGCACAAUAUGCAUUUAAAGUGAUCUUGAAAAAUUCUCUCGAUGGUAUUGAUUUAAAUGACAGUGCAAAUCCUGUGCUUCAUGGAAAAAUGUCUUGCACGGAGGAAAUAUCUAAAGUUGGCAUUGGUAAUUUUGGAAGCGAUUUAGACAACAACUUGAGCAAAACGGAUAUUGCAGUAGCUUCUAUAUCAAGGUUUGUCCUUGACAGUCUUAAAUAUCUACCUGCAGAAUUCUGUGGAUUUGCUGCUGAUAUAUUUCUUUUUGGGAUGCGAUCCAUCAUAAAAGAUGCUGCUUCGGCCAUUUUAUGUGAAUGCAGCAAAACAGAACGUCUGAUGCUUCAUGAAAUAGGAUUAUCUCAUGGGGUAAUGGAAUGGAUUGAUGAUUACCAUGCAUUUUGUUCGAAUGAUGCUACUGAUAUGGUCAUGCCUACAGGUUCAUGCUUGACAGCAGCUAGAUCUGAAAUACAGUUAGACUCAAGAUGUAACCAAGAUACAUCAGAUAAGUCUUUCACAUCUGAAUCAGGGAUAGGUGGAUCUGUUGGGGAUGAUGGACACAAUGGACAAUGUACCAAGGUUAGUUCUGUGAUCAGUGGUGCAGAUGCUAGAAUUGGUAGGGACACGAAACAUCUUUCUGAAAUUGGUGAGCGUGAAGAUGCAGCCCUUGUCAUUGAGUCUAUCAGGAGAGAUGAAUUUGGUCUGGAUCCAAGCCUUCCGGAGGCUGAGAGUAGCAUGGUAAGGAAACAGCAUGCUCGCUUAGGGAGAGCAUUGCACUGCCUUUCACAGGAAUUAUAUUCUCAGGAUUCACAUUUUCUUCUUGAGUUGGUCCAGAAUGCUGAUGAUAAUGUCUACCCAGAAUAUGUGGAGCCAACUCUAACAUUCAUACUUCAAGAUUCAAGUAUCAUUGUUUUAAAUAAUGAGCGAGGUUUCUCUGCCCACAAUAUUAGGGCGCUGUGCGAUGUUGGGAAUUCAACAAAAAAGGGAUCUAAUGCUGGAUAUAUAGGCCAGAAGGGUAUUGGGUUUAAAUCAGUAUUUCGGGUGACAGAUGCUCCAGAGAUUCAUUCCAACGGGUUUCAUGUUAAGUUUGAUAUAACUGAGGGUCAGAUUGGUUUCAUUUUGCCAACAAUUAUACCUUCUUGUGAUAUUGGCUUGUUUAGUAGGCUUGCAUAUAGUGGUGAUGAUCAAUUGGAAUGUAAUAGCUGGAACACUUGCAUUGUGCUUCCUUUUAGAUCUAGACUAAAAGAAGGAACUGCCAUGAAAAACAUAAUUUCCAUGUUUUCGGAUCUUCAUCCAUCUUUGUUACUCUUUCUUCACCGCCUCCAGUGUAUCAAGUUUAGAAACUUGCCUGAAGAUUCAUUCACUGUCAUGAGAAAAGAAAUUGUGGGAGAUGGUAUUGUUAAAGUCUCACAUGGGAAUGAUAAAAUGACAUGGUUUGUUGUUUCUCAGAAGUUACAGGCAGAUUUUAUUCGCCGUGAUGUACAAAUGACAGAAAUCUCGAUUGCAUUUACCCUGCUGGAAUUAGAAAAUGGUGGUUAUAGUCCACACUUGGUUCAGCAGCCUGUUUUUGCUUUUCUUCCUCUAAGAACUUAUGGCCUGAAAUUUAUCCUUCAGGGUGAUUUCGUUCUUCCUUCAUCAAGAGAGGAAGUGGAUGGAGAUAGCCCAUGGAACCAGUGGUUAUUGUCAGAAUUUCCAGGUUUGUUUGUCAAGGCAGAGAGAUCUUUUUGUGCUCUUCCAUAUUUUAGAGAAAAUCCAGGAAGAGCUGUUGCAGCUUACAUGAGCUUUGUUCCACUUGUUGGGGAAGCGCAUGGCUUUUUUUCUGUUCUUCCACGAUUGAUUAUUUCUAAGUUACGCGUGUCUAACUGUUUACUUUGGGAGGGAUACCACAAUGAAUGGGUUCCUCCUUGCAAGGUUGUCAGAGGUUGGAAUGAGCAAGCCCGCUAUCUUCUUCCUGAUGGAUUACUUCGUGAGCACCUAGGCCUUGGAUUCUUGGAUAAGAAUAUAGUUUUGUCUGAUGCACUUGCAAUGGCACUGGGUAUUGAGGAAUAUGGACCCAAAAUUCUACUUCGAGUUAUGUCUUCCUUAUGUCACACAGAAAAUGGCCUCAAAUCAAUGGGCCUUGGCUGGUUGUCCUCUUGUCUAAUUGCACUUUAUUCAAUGUUGGUAGAUUCCUCUGACAGAGCUUCAUUAGGUCCUGGAGUUGAACUAGAAUUUAUAAAUGACCUUCGAAGAAUUCCCUGUAUUCCUCUCUCAGAUGGUAGAUAUGGCACAGUAAAUGAAGGUACAAUUUGGUUACAUUUUGAUGCCUUAUCCACUGGUUUUGAAGGUGACCAUGGACUUGAAUCUUUCCCAAAUUUAUAUGCUAAACUUCGGAUUGUAAGUCCUGCCCUCCUAACUGCAUCAUCUCCUGAUGGUUCACAUGUUGAUUUGACUAUGGUUGAUAAACUAAACAGAAUGCUUUAUAAAGUUGGCAUUGAGCGUUUGUCUGCGCAUGAAAUCAUCAAGGUGCAUAUACUGCCAGCGAUAUCUGCUGAGAGAAUUGAAGAUGGGGAUGAGAAUUUGAUGAUAGAAUAUGUUUGUUUUGUGAUGUACCACCUACAGUCAAACUGCUCUGAUUGUCAUGUUGAAAGGGAGUCAAUAAUCUCAGAAUUGCGAAAUAAAGCUUACAUUUUAACAAAUAACGGCUUUAAGCGACCGGCUGAAGUUUCAAUUCAUUUCAGUAAAGAAUUUGGAAAUCCUAUAAACAUAGAAAAGUUGACUGGUUUUCUGGAUAUUAAUUGGAAUGAGGUCAGCAUCUCUUAUUUGAAGCAUCCAAUCAAUAAGUCGCUUCAAUAUGGACUGACAAACUGGAGGGAAUUUUUUGAAGGAAUUGGCAUCGCUGAUUUUGUAAAAGUAGCACAAGUUGAGAAGAACAUUGCUGAUGUUCUCACUUUAUUUAAGAAUUUGAUGACAGAGGGAGACUUGAUUUCCCCUGGAUCAAUUGCCAAAGAUUGGGAAUCUUCUGAGUUGGUUGACUUGAUGUCCAUAGUGAGCAGGGAGGGUAACAAUAAAUGUUGUGCAUAUCUCUUAGAGGUUCUUGACACGUUGUGGGAUUCUUCCUUUAGUGACAAAGCAACAGGUUACUGCACUUCUAAAUCUGCUGGGGUUAGCAAGUCGUUCAAGUCAUCAUUUAUGAGCAGCAUCAGUGAUGUAAAGUGGGUAUUAUCAAGCAUGGACAGUGAGCUUCACUAUCCUAAAGAUCUAUAUCAUGAUUGUGAUGCAGUUCGAUCAAUACUUGGUUCAUCUGCGCCAUAUGCUGUCCCAAAGGUAAGAAGUGAAAAGUUAGUAAGUGAUAUUGGGUUUAAGACUAAAGUUACACUUGAAGAUGUUCUUGAAAUUAUAAAACUAUGGAGAAGAUGUGAGACCCCAUUCAAAGCCAGCAUAAUGCAAAUGUCUAAACUAUACGCAUUUAUUUGGAAUGAAAUGACCACUUUGAAGAAGGAUCUGGCAGAAGAGUUUUGUUCUGGACCUUUCAUAUUUAUUCCAUUUUUUUCUGGCUCAAAGCAUGGGGAUGUGGUGUCUGGUAUGUUUCUGUCUCCUAAUGAAGUGCAUUGGAAGGAUUCAACUGGUGCUAUGGACCAAAUGAAGAAUAUCAAUUGUCAGCACCUCUCAGCAGAUUUAUCUCGCCCCUUGAACAAGACAUUGUACAGCUUUUAUCCAAACCUUCAUGACUUCUUUGUUGUUGGCUGUGGCGUACAUGAGUCCCCUCCUCUGCGUAGUUACCUUCAGAUUCUGCAGCAGUUAUCCAGUGUCAAGUUGCCUUCACAGGCAGCUACUUCUGUUUUUAAAGUUUUCCUGCAGUGGACUGAAGGUCUGAAAUCAGGAUUGAGUCCAGAGGAUGUUGUUUACUUGAAAGAAUCUCUUAAACAGAUCGAGUGUACAGUGCUUCCUACUGUACAAGAUAAAUGGGUUUCUGUGCACCCUUCCUUUGGUCUUGUGUGCUGGUGUGAUGAUAGGAAGUUAAAAAAGAAAUUUAAGCAUGUUGACGGCAUUGAUUUUGUAUACUUUGGUGAACUGAGCAAGGAUGAUAAAGAGACAGUUAAAACUAAAGUGUCUGUCCUCAUGAAAACUUUAGGAAUACCUGCACUUUCAGAGGUUGUAAGUCGUGAAGCAAUAUACUAUGGUCUAGCAGACUCCAACUUGAAAGCUUCACUUGUGAAUUGGGCUCUUCCUUAUGCUCAGCGCUACUUGUAUAGCAUACAUCCUGAUAAAUACUCUCAACUCAAGCAGUGUGGAUUCAGUGCUCCAAAUACUCUACAAGUAGUUGCUGUUGAGAAGCUGUUCUACAGGGAUGUUAUAAAGAGUUGUGGUGGUGCAUCUGAUAAGCGAAUUGAAUCUACCUGUCUUUUGCAGGGUAAUAUUUUGUAUACAACCGAAGAAUCAGAUGCUCAUACCUUAUUCAUGGAGCUUUCUCGUAUGUUUUUUGAUGGUGUUCCUGAAUUACACUUGGCAAAUUUCCUCCACAUGAUCACAACCAUGGCAGAAUCAGGUUCCACAGAGGAUCAAACAGAGAUUUUUAUCUUGAAGACUCAAAAGAUACCAAAGCUUCCUGAUGAAGAAUCCAUUUGGUCCCUUAAAUCUGUGUCUUCGAUACCAGAGACUGAUGAAUUGCUCCAGACGAAUGUUGUGUUGACAAAUGCAAAUGAGCAAAGUACAUCUAAAUCCAAAAGGAGAGCCGGAAUUCACUCAAGCUGGCCUCCUGCGGAUUGGAAAACUGCACCAGGUUUUGCUUAUGCUCGUGCAAAUGGUUUUAGGACAAAUGCUUCUGUUGCAACCCCUAGUGGCAGCUCACUGAAGAAAGAUGAGGAUGAUUGUCAAGGCAUUUUCCGUAAUGAUAGCAUCACUCCAACCUCAAUUGAUAAUGACUGGACUUUUGAAGAUGAUUCACCUACAACAUCGACUGCUUUGAUUUUGUCGGACUCCAAUAAUUUAGAACACUGUGGCUAUGUCUACAAGGAGGCUGAUUUGCAUAGUGAACUUGAUCCCACUGAUUCAAAUCCCAUCUCUGAGCAUCCUGAAUCUUGUUCAUCUACUUUUAGCAAGAGAGAUCUUUGUUUUGGUACACCCAAUCCAGUGCAGGCAAUGUUAACCGGGAGACUUGGUGAGCAUCUUGCUUUUAAAUAUUUCACUGGGAAAUUGAGCAAUUCCUAUGUAAAUUGGGUUAACAAAGAAAACGAGACGGGUCUACCUUAUGACAUAAUUAUAGAAGAUCAGGAAAACCAGGAAAACGGCAAAGAGUUUAUUGAAGUCAAAUCAACCAAAUCUCCAAGGAAAGACUGGUUCCUGAUAUCAUCGAGGGAAUGGCAAUUUGCUAUGGAGAAAGGCGACGCUUUCAGUAUUGCUCAUGUCGUUAUAUUGGGUAAUAACACUGCAAGGGUCUCGGUGUUUAAGAAUCCUGCAAAUUUGUGUAGGUUAGGCAGGCUACAGUUGGUUGUUAUGAUGCCUAAGCAAGGAAAUGAAUUUUCCGUAGUCUCUUAAAACCACAAAAUUUGGGAUCUUUUCAAGAUCAACUUGAAAUCUUUCUAAGCUUUUAGGCCGAAAAGGUUUUUUGCAGUAUUAGUCAAUUCUUUCUGUUGGUAUCAAUGUAUAUAUUAUUGACAUAUUCUUGGCAGGGUGUUGAGCACAAAAGUCCGCCCUUAAAUACAAUGUGCACGCCCUAUGUACAUGUUUGUAAGGCUAGAUAAAAUUAUACAAGAUAAAAAAUUUUGAAGUUUUGCCUUGUAAAACCUCUAUCUCUAAUUGUGAUUACUUUUUGUAGCUUUU